CUCACCUCUUGGUAACCGAAAGACGUAUCAAAAACUAGAUGGCGCUACUCGAAAACCGUAUCGAGAUUUCUCAUUCUCUCUCUGACUUGCGAGGAGGUAGGAGUAGUAUCAGGGCCGAACUUACCCUAUAGGUGUAUUAUCUGUGACAGGCAGGUGUUGUGACAAAUUAGAGCGGAAUUUUAUAAAAAAAAGGACUCAUAUUUUAGACAAAAUGGCCUCUGUAACUCAUAAGUGUGUUUACGCGGGAUGUUUUGAAAGAAACGAUGGAACAAAUAAUAAUAUAUCUUUCUUUAAAUUUCCACUGAAAGACGUAGAGCGUACAAAAAUUUGGCAAAAAAACUGCGGGAACAUUGAUAUUUUAUUGAUGGAUAUCACUGACCUUAAACAGAGGGUAAUUUGCCAGCAUCAUUUUGCAGUGGAAUAUAUUUACCAAAGUGGCCAAAGAAAGUUAUUAAGGAAAAAUGCUGUUCCUCUAAAAUUUACACAGUUAACAACUGAUUUAGGUGAUAUCCCACCAGUAUGCUCUACAUACGUUUAUUGCGGUACGAAACGUAAAAGAUCUACAAGUGACGAUUGUAUGGUUAGGUCAACUCCAUCGCCUAAGAGAUCAAGUAGUAGUCUCAGUGAUAUUUCCAGUUUUGAAAUUAAUUUGCCCACAAAACUUGAAACUGAAUUGACGGAGAAGGUAAAAAAAUUGGAGUAUCAAGUAAGUGCUUUAAAGAAGAAGUGCCGUCAGAAGAACAGUCGGCGUUGUAGAAGAACAACAAAAAACAAAAAAUCGGCAACCAAAUUCAUGUUACAGGUACUGUUAGAAAAUAAAAGCAAAUACGUGCACACAUUUGUUAAUAUGCAGUUUUCACACAAAACUCGUUCAUAAUGGAGUCACAAUGAAAAGGAUUUAGCUCUGGCCAUUUAUUAUAAGUCUCCUAGUUGUUACAAAUUUUUAAUUAGAUCUCUUAACUUUAUAUUACCUUCAGUAAAAACAAUUCAAACUUGGUUGCGUGUCAUAAAAUUAAGAACUGGUUUAAACACUUCCUUAAUUGACAAGUUGAAGAAAAAAGCAGAGACAAUGGAUGAGUUGGAAAAAAUUUGUGUGUUAAUGUUUAAUGAAAUUUCUUUGAAAAAAAAAUUGGAGUACAAUAAAUUAGAUGACAUUAUAGAAGGGUUUCAAGAUUUAGGUGCUUUAGGAAGAACAAACAAACUUGCCAACACAGGUCUGGUUUUCAUGAUGCGCGGCUUGCUACAUAACUGGAAGAUUCCGAUUUGCUAUUUUGUUACAGGUGGUCCAAUACAUAGCGACAACUUAAAAAACAUUGUAGUUGAAGUUGUUUCAAAAUUACAAAAUAUUGGGUAUAUACCAAAAGUGUUAGUGUGUGAUCAAGCAUCUAAUAAUAGAGCUUUAUUUAAGCUGUUAGGCGCAUGUAAGGAUCAGCCUGCAAUAGAAAUAGGAAAUCAGAGGAUUUUCACUGUUUUUGAUACACCCCACUUAUUAAAAAGUCUAAGAAAUAAUUUUCUUAACAAAAAGUUGACGUUUUUUGCCGAUUCUAACCAGAUAUCGUGGCAAGAUAUUGAAUACACAUACAACAUCGAUAGAACCAAUGUGAGAGCACGAUGCAUGUUGAAAAUAACAGACGUUCACAUAAACCCUAAUAAUUUCCAAAAAAUGCGUGUAAAAUUAGCAGCCCAAAUUUUUUCCAACUCAGUUGCCUCAGCAAUAUCAACAGCAAAAUCUGUAGGCCCGUUACACACCAAAACGGCUCCUCAUACUGCCGAAUUUUUAAAAAUUAUAAAUAAUAUUUUUGAUGGUCUUAACAGCAAAUAUUGUAGUGAUAGUAACCCAAACAGAAAGCCAAUGUCAACUUUAAGCAAGUCAACUGAAAACUUAAAAGCAGGUUUAGAAUAUUUUAAAAAAAUUAAAUUUUUUGAAAAUCAGAAAGAGAGAAAUAAUAUUCACUGUCUACACGGCUUUCAGUGGACAAUUUUGUCAGUUUUAUGUUUGUGGGAGGAACUUCAAAAAUAUAAUGUGUCAUAUCUUUUAACAUCUUUUCUAAACCAAGAUCCUCUAGAAAAUUUUUUCUCUAUUGUGCGCAAUCGGGGUGGUUACAAUCUAACACCUAGUGUUAGUCAGUUAAGAAUUGCCAUUAAGCAUAACACAAAUAUUAAACUAAAAAUUGCUUUAGACAAUGGAAAUUGUGAAAUAGCACAAACUGAUAAUUUAGAUUUAACCCACGAAGUAACCAGCGUCGAAAUAUCUGACGAGUCCAUUGAAACCCAAACAGUUCAUGUAGAACAAUCUUUAGACAUGCAAAAGGAAAAUAAUGACAACCAAAUUUUAAGCACGGCACAUUCCAGCAAAUGUAGCAUAACAAAUUUAGAAACGUGUGCUGUUACAUAUGUCGCUGGUUAUAUUUACUAUAAGAUUAUAAAGAACUUGAAUUGUAGUAAAUGCCAGGAAGACUUGCUAAAAGACAACAAAAUUCUAUUACAGAAACACGAAUUAAUGUUACUUUUCAGAGAUUAUGGCGCAAAUGAAGAAAUAAAGUUUCUUCAGAGACCAUCAGAUUUGUUUGUUACUAUUACUACAAUAUUGUUAGAAAAGUUUCACGAGGCUUUUAAUUUAUUUAAAGUAGAUAAUGCAGUUUUCGAAAAAAUUGAAACCUAUAUGACUAACCAUAUUUUAUUAACUACUAAUUGACUUAAAAGCUGCGAAGACCAUAAAAGGAAAAUUAUAAAAUUUUUGGAAAAAAUCAAACUUUUUAAAACUUGUCAGUGGUAUAACGUUAAUGAAAGCAAACAGAAAACUAAAAGGGAAAAGAUUCACAGAAAAUUACUUAUUUUCGAUAAAAGUAAAGGUAAACAAACAUCAAAUUGCAAAAAUUCGACAAGUAAACAGCAAAAAAUUCAACAGACUGACAGCCACAAAAGUAAACAAACCAGAAACGUCACAAAUUGUAUUUAAAAUAUGAAAACGUCUUUUUUUCUACCUAGAUCUUUUCAAUGUACUGAGUUUAGUGCGUUCAUAAAAAUAACAUGUGUUUUUACUUAAUAACAGGCGGUAGCUGGUUUGUCUUUAGUUUCAUGCGUGGAAGAGAAUGAUGCUAGAUAAAAAGUAUAUGUUUUAUCUCGCCGGGUAUGAAUGACGCACGGGUAAAUAACCGUGGACUUAACUGUAUGUUAAACUACACUAUUAGCUUUAGUCUCUAUAUACAGUAGAUAUUAACAAGUAUUUUAUAAUAUCAGGAAAACAAUAUCAGUAUGUCUUAAAACCUUGGAAUCAUAUAGAAAACUUUUUUAUUAAGUUUAGGGAAAAAUGUAUUAUUGAUAAAAACUUGCAUGUCUCAAAACUAAAAAUAAAAGAAUCAGAUGUCAGAUAUUAUGAGUCGUAUACCAAGUUUGUUAAAAAAUAUUAAUUCUUCUCAAGAGUCAUAUACCUUCAUUUUUAAAGCACUUUCAUAUAAAUAUUAACGUGGUUUUAAUUGUUCUCGACUUUUAAUAAUAAUAAAAUGUUUCAAUAUUGUCAACAAUGAAAGUACUUCUUCAGAAAAAGAAAUAAUAAAUAUAUAUCUUUUUUUCCCAACAUUUUAAUUUUACAAUCUUAUCACAGUAUAUAGAGGUUCCCUCUUUAUACUGUGAUCUUAGUUUGAAAAGAAUUAACAUUCAAAUAUACUUAUUUACUUUGUUUUUAAAUAUGAUCUCAUUAGUGAUGUUUUAAACUUUCUAAUCCUGUCUGUUUAAUCCAGCUUUUACCUAUUGUUCCUAGGCAAAUGGCCUUCAACUAUUUAUAUGUUGGAAAUUCCCUGUCACUUUAUCAAGAUGUGUAUGUACUUACAUUAUUCAUUUUGAACGUUGGGAAUUUGUGGUAUUUUUUCAAAGAAAGAUAAUAAUCUAUUGUAUUUGGUACUCACCACUACUUUUUUUUAAAACAUCGAUGUCUUAAUUCUAGAAAGUCCUUAGAUAAUUUUUAAAUGUAAAAAGUAUGCGAUCGAACAGUAAAUCAUAUUGAUUUUAGUUCACCUCAGUACAAUUUCUUAUUUUGCACAGACUUCUAUAUUGCUUUUUCUAGAUAAAUUGUCAAUUUUUUGUAGUACAAUGUUACUAUCAGAACAACAUUUAUAUCCUCUUCUUCUUGUCGAAGUUCCUUCUCAUAUCGAAGGUUGGCCAUCACUACAGCUAUCCGUACCUUAUUGGCGCCUGCUUUGAAAAUAUCUAUUGAGCUGCAACUAUACCACUCUCUUAAGUCUCUCAGUCAGGAAAUUCUUCUUUUACCUAUGGAUCUUUUACCCUUAAUUUUACCUUGCAUUAUGAGCCUAAUAUCUCAUAUUUCGCUCCUCUGGUAAUUUGGCCUAAAUCCAGCUUUCUUGUAUUGAUGUUCUUUAUCACCUCGCAAUCCUUUUGUAACAUUGUAACCUUCUUAAUACUUUUGCAUUUGUAACUCGUUAGAUCUAGGUAUUUUCAAAAUCCCUCUAUAGCACUACAUCUCAAAUGCUUCCAACUUAUUUAUAUUGUCUACUUUUAGUGUCUAGCUUUCCAUUCCAUGUAACAAAGUCAAGAACACGUAGCAUCUUAAGGCUCUUAUCCUCAGCUACAGAGGAAGAUCUCGAUUAACAAACAUUUUUUUCAUUUUUAUAAAUGCUUGUCUUGCAAUUUCAAUGCGUGUCCUGAUUUCUCUAAUAGAUACAUUGGUCAUCGUUUUUAUUUACCCAGGUUCCUAGAUAUUUGCAGUUAUUUUGUAAAAAUUUAUAGCUAUAUAUUAGGUUUUAUUUUCGGUAAAUUAAUAAUGUAGAUAUUUGAAUACUUCAACUAUUGCGAUUAAUUUAGCUGUAGUUAUAGUAGUAUUAUUGUCUAGUUUUAUAACAUUUUUAUUUAUUUAUUUAAUUGGCAUUGGUAAAUGCCAUACAGCCAGUCACAACAUGAUACAAUUUUCUAAAUAUAAUCUUAACUAUUAUAAAACUAUAGCUAAAACUAUUUUAUAAAACUACAGUAGAAAACUAUAAUAGAAACCAAUAAUACCAUUGAAUCACGGUUUUUACUCCAAAUUUUAAAUAACCGCUUGGGUUGACACGAAAUUUUGGAAUACAUAUAGGAAAGAAGAAAAGUAAUUCUAAGCAAGUUAAUACUUUUCGAGGUAUUUGCGAGUAAAUAUGUUCAUUUUUCAACAAAAAGAAACACUUUUUAGGUGGGUUUUUGCAAAUAACUCAAAAAGUAAAUAUGUAUUUUACCGAAAAAAAAGGUUUCCAGUAAAAAUAUAGCUUCUAAAAAGAGAAAAAAAUGGUGUAUGUAUGAACUCUCUAGACCCAGUAGAAGCAAAGUUGUAACUAAUGAAAAAUAGUUUCAAAUCUGUCAAAUUUCAAAGCAAAUAUUUCAACGUGAAAUAACCAAAAAAGUUUACACUUUUUGGGGAAAACUCAGUACGACUUUUUUAAAGUGUUCAAAAAAAUAUUCAUUCUUGUUUUUUAAUAAGUUUCUAGCAUAAAAAGUAAGUUACGCUCAAAAUAAAGUUGGUCAAAAAAACUCGGGAAAAUCAGCCCCCACUUAGCAUUUUAAAUCAAAUUAAUCGUUACCGCUUCCCAAGUUACUUUACUUAUGUAUUAUUUAUACUGAUCUGUAAGUUUCAUUUGUUCAAAGGGCUUAUUUUUUAACAAUUUUUUUUAUUUUGAAAAAAAUGUUUUUUUCAAAACAACUUAAAAUUUAUUAGUGACACCAAAAAUCACAAAGAGUAAAAAAAAUGUAGGUUUUGCUUUUCUGAAUAUUUUGGAUUUUUUGUUUUUCUGUAAGGCAAAAAUUGGUUAAGAUGUGGCUGUUCAAAAUUUGCAUACACUCGUGAUUUUUGACUAGUUCAAGCCCUUUCAACUAGAGCUCCUUCAAAAAUUUCCACUUUGAACCGAUGAAACAAUACAUACACGAGUAAAGCAAGUUGUGAUCUUGUGAAGUUGUAACGAUUAAUUUCAUUUAGGAUGCUAAUUAGGGGGUGAUUUUCACGAUUUUUUAACAAAAAAAUAGGAACCAAAUAUAUUUUGAUCAUAACUUGCUUACUUUUGACGCUAGAAACUUAACAAAAAUAAUAUAAAUAAACCUUUUUUAAACACUUUAAAAAAAGUUGUAAUGAGUUUUCGUCGAAAAGUGCUUCAUUUUUUUUAUUAUUUCACGUUGAAAUACAACAUGGAAUUUGACGAAAAAGAACUUAUUUUUCAAUAACUCGAAAUAAGUAUUGACGUAGUGAAAAAACUCUAUAGAACAAAAGUUGCUUAGAAUUAGUGAUUUUAGGCACUUCUGAACUUAUCUUGAACAUAUAUUUUUUCACUCCCGAGAAGGGGUGAUACUGAACCAUAGGGCCAAAGCACACAUCGGUACAUCAUUUGUUUUUCUUUGACAUCUUAGCUAGGCGUAAGCCAAAUUUCAUGUCAAUCCAAGCGAUUCUUUAAAAUUAGGAGGUUUUUUGCAAUAUUUUACCGUGAGUGAAUGGACUAAAUCUGGAAAUAAAUUAUGUAUCUUAGCUUGAAAUAUUUUAGUUUGCAUCAAUUCUGGAAAUUAAUUUGUUUGAAAAGUUACAAAAAAGUAAUUUACAUGACAUGUAAUUUAUCACUGCUAAUUUUAUUAUGUAUUUUAUAUUUUGUUAUUCCUUUGUAGUGUAUUGAUAAAUAAAUAAUUUUUAAAAAUC